AUGCCCUCGUCGAAUGCCAUACCGGCGACCCCUCGUGUGAUCUCCCCGACACCCUCUGUUUCUGACCUGUCAGAGACGCCUGAUGGAUAUCUCGCACCAGUAACACGGUCAGCAGCGCGCCGACAGCGUCAACCACAAUCUACAGGGGUAGGCUCUGGGUCAGAGCGAGAAUCAAGGUCUCCCACCACACCCGCACCCUCCGCGCGUAAUCGCCGGUCGAACCCAAUGAUACCCGCCUCACCACCGCACUCGCCCAACGGCACUGCCUCAAAGGACUACCUAUCGCCGUUAAGCAUCCCGGACGCUCUGCGCGACUUGUCAAGAUCACCCUCGCCCCUCGGACUCAUCCCCCUCCAUUCCCGCUACCGCAGCUUCAUUCACCGCCAUGAAAUCCCCCGCAAGGUCUUACACGUGUCAAUCGGCUUCCUCACCUUAUCUCUGUACACCCGAGGCAUCCAAACGCUGCAGAUCACACCAGUACUCUUCACCGCAUUAGUGCCCAUAGCAGCCACAGAUCUAAUCCGUCACCGCUCCGAGAAGCUCAACAAGAUAUACAUCCGAUGCAUGGGCGCCCUCAUGCGCGAAACAGAGGUCAGCGGCUACAACGGCGUGAUCUGGUAUCUGCUCGGAGCGUAUGUGGCUCUACGCUUCUUCCCCAAGGAUGUCGGCGUAAUGAGCGUACUACUCCUUAGCUGGUGUGACACCGCCGCCUCCACAUUCGGCCGCUUGUAUGGUCGCUAUACCCCCCGCCUGCGGCCGGGCAAGAGUCUGGCUGGCACUUUGGCAGCCUGGUUCGUGGGCGUUAUUACCGCCGCAGCAUUCUGGGGCUGGUUUGUGCCUUAUAUUGGUGCCUUCCCCAAUGACCCGGAGGAUGCAUUCAUGUUCACGGGCCGCUUGAACCUGCUCCCGAACUGCCUUCGCGGUCUUUUGGGCUGGGAAGCCAGCGACUCGGCUGUUAUUACUGGUCCCUUGGCUCUUGGCGUCAUGAGCUUCGUUUCUGGUGUUGUUGCUGCCGGUAGCGAGUUCAUUGAUUUGUUCAGCUGGGAUGAUAACCUGACCAUCCCUGUUUUGAGUGGAGUUGGACUUUGGGGUUUCCUCAAGGUCUUUGGAUAG